AUGAAUACAAAUAAUGUUACAGAUUCUGUAUCGAUAGAAUGUGAUUUGGAAGAUGAUCUUGGUUAUGAUCUUAUUCCAAUGUAUCGGAUUUUAUUUAUUCUAAGUUGCAUCACUGUUCCACUUGGAAUUUUUCUCAAUAUUAUAUUUAUUAUUACUUUAAUUUUUCUUGCAAAAAAAAUCUUCGAUGUUAAUAUUCAUGCACUUUUAUUGAGUUGUAUAGCUCAACUACCACUUUCUCUUAUUCAAGGACCCAUUCGACUUUAUUUUUAUUAUCAUAAUGGAUGUUCACCAUUAGCUGGUACUCCAUUAUGUCAAUUAACAGUUUAUCUUGAUUAUAUUCCAACACAAAUCAAUAAUUUUCUUGUUGUUCAGCUCUCUUUUGAACGUUUACUUCUUGUUAUAAAACCUUUUAUAUUUCAUCGAGCUCGUCAUCAAACAUUUUCUUAUGCAACAUGUCUUCAUUAUAUUGGUCUUUUCAUAGCUAUCGUAUUUCCUUGUGUUUAUUAUCCAGUUAUUAUGCAAAAUGGAGCAUCGACAAUUGAUCUCGAGGAUCCAUCAACAACACAAACAUGUGAUCUGUGGUAUGACAGAGAGAUUUAUGAGUUAUUUGAUUUACUUAUUACAUUUGUUCCAUAUGCUCUUAUUUUAAUUGCGUCUCUUUCUGUCAUUGCUGUUAUUUUAUACCGAAAAUAUAUUUUAGUUAAUCGAGAAAGAAGACAAAUUGGUUCACGAAGUCAUCGUCGUCUUCUUUUUUCUCUUCAUUUAUUUCUUUUAUGGUUUAUUCUAACAUGGUCGCCUUGGGUUCUAUACGAUUUCUUUCAAACUGUCCUAAAUCUAACAUAUUCUGUUUAUAUUGAUGCAAUUACGACAUAUAUUGUUUAUUUGAACUAUACUUUUAGUUCAACAAUUGUUUUAAUUACAUUCAAAGAAAUGCGUCAUUUUUGUUUUGCUAAGUUUGGGUUUGGGCGAUCUAUCUGUUCACGGGUAAAUCAUAUUGACCUUACUCAUACAGCUGGCCCUGCGCCGACUCAUCGUCAACUUCAAACAAUAGGUUCCACUCAAACUGUUCACUAUGGAACAAGAAAUCAUCGUAGAAUUCAUGUCGCAUAG